AUGCUAGUACAUGGGAAGGACGACUUCCUCUCAGACAUAGCCUACAUCAUCCUGGAACUGAUCAUCGCCGUGCUGGCCAUCCUGGGCAACAUCCUGGUCUGCUGGGCCGUCUAUUUGAACAGCAACUUGCAGAACGUCACCAACUAUUUUGUGGUGUCCCUGGCUGCUGCUGACAUUGCUGUGGGGGUGCUGGCAAUCCCCUUUGCCAUCACCAUCAGCACUGGCUUCUGUGCCUUCUUCUAUGGCUGCCUUUUCAUUGCCUGCUUUGUCCUGGUCUUGACUCAGAGCUCCAUCUUCAGCCUCCUUGCUAUCGCCAUCGACAGAAUCAUUGCCAUCCGAAUACCCCUCAGGUACAAUGGCUUGGUGACCGGCUCUCGAGCCAAAGGCAUCAUUGCCAUCUGCUGGGUGUUGUCCUUCAUCAUCGGCCUGACCCCAAUGCUGGGGUGGCACAAGCGUGCCCAGAUCGAAGAGCUGGGCUCCAACUGGUCCUCUCCCAUCAACUGCAGCAACAGCAUGGUGGCGUGUCUCUUCGAGGCUGUGGUCACCAUGGAGUACAUGGUCUACUACAACUUCUUUGCCUGUGUGCUCCUGCCCCUCCUUCUCAUGUUUGGUAUCUACUUGAAAAUCUUCAUGGCAGCCCGGCGCCAGCUCAAGCAGAUGGAGAACAAGAUGGUACAUGGGGAACGUUCCCGCUCCACGUUGCAGAAGGAAGUCCAUGCAGCCAAGUCUUUAGCCAUCAUUGUCGGGCUGUUUGCAGUCUGCUGGCUUCCACUACACAUCAUUAACUGCUUUACCCUUUUUUGCCCAAAUUGUGCCCACGCUCCCCUCUGGCUGAUGUAUCUGGCUAUUAUCCUGUCUCACGCUAACUCGGUUGUAAACCCUCUAAUUUAUGCCUACCGCAUCAGGGAGUUCCGACACACCUUCCGUAAAAUCAUCAGCCAGCACAUCCUGGGCCGCAAGGAGCCGUUCAAGGCAGGAGCAGCCAGCUCCAGGACUUCCACCCACGGCGGGGACGCAGAGAACGCCAGCAUACGGAUCAGUGAGUAUGCACUAGAGGUAUACACCAACGGAGAGAUCCACAGGGAUCCCGAAAAGCAGGACUUAAACAAGUGCAAAGCUGGCUUGGAAUGGCACCAGAAUGGAAAUGCUCUGGACUUGGAGACAAAUGGGCAUCUCCCACAUUCCUGCAAAAAUGGGAUUCUCUCAGAUGCUUGCCUGAAUAGGGAGCUUCACAGUGAAGAGCUAAUUGAUGCCCAGGUAUCUUACUCAGAUCUGGAAAGAGCAGCCUUUGCUGCAGCUGAUGUUUCCUGAUGAGACUUUCAAAGUUUUCCUGGUAGAAUUAUUUUUUUUUUCCAUUGGUGACAUCUGCCAUGGCAGAACGGAGGUGGGGGGGCGGGGGGAGAGCAGUGUAUUCAGAUCGCUGUGGAGAAAGGUGUCCAUAUCCAGGACUAUUGGAUGAUCCUAAAUACUAGACUGGAGAAAAGCCAAGAGAGCACUGAAGUGGACUAAGGAAGGAGGGACAAGUUACCCAUCAAUGACCUGUCACCAAGAGCAGGGCCAAGGUCGAGGAUGGCAUUCCAAGUUCAGCACUGGGAGACUACUGAUGCAGGGAUUUCGGGACACUUUGCUGUACUGUGCCUGUGGUUGAGUGUUGGUUUUGCUGUCUUUACCAAUGGAAAUAGAAGCGUGGCUGGAAGUAUUCCCUGAAUAAUAAAGAGCAACUGGGAAGGGCCUCUGAGUACUGUGGCCCUGGAACAAGCAGAAGGGGGGAUAGCAAAAUCUAUUGUCAGGAAGGACGCCAGGAGCUGUUUGGAGAGGGAAGGAAUUUACCUUCCUGAUGGGAACUCUGGAUACUUUCAACCAUGGCACUUUGUCUUUCAGUUUGUGUUCUUAAAGCUUAUUCUGCAACAGGUUGCUCAAAUGGUUUUUUUCCAUGUGAUGAUAAGGUUACUUUAUGUUAACUUAUAAAAGAUGGGCAAGAACUCAUACCCGUUCCCUGAGUGCUCAGUGUUCCAGAUGCACAUGGCAAAUAUAACCUCUUAGCACUCCACUCUGUCCAACAAAUCACCAAAGCUGAGCCUUGCCAAGGAUUUCCCUUUGCAAAAGGGCUGUUAGCAGUGCUGUGGGCUGUGUCGUCAGGGCAGGGCUGUGAAGGGCUGUGAGUGUGUGAUCUCUUUUUAGGCUGGUGGUGCCUUCUGCUUUCCCCCUGCCUCUGUGCUUCUCCUCCUGAGCUCCUAGAAUGCAAAUUCUUUCCAUGGCCCCAGAUGUGUGUGAGGGGAGGUAAUAUUCCAUAUUUCAGUCAUCUUCAUCCUCAUUCAACAGGCUGAGGCAAGUUUUUUUUUUACUUCUUUCUUGGGAUAGAGAGUAAUCCACACACAUACCUUGACCUAAUUUUGGAAUUCCAAUGAGCUUUAUUUAAAACCCCUUUUCUCCUGUGAUUUCAGUUUUUUCUUGUGAAGCCUGAUGUGUCCCUGUGGUGCAGAGGCCAACAGAGGCAGCUCUGGGCUCUGUCUGGUUAGAAGAUGCUCCUGCUCUGAGAAUCUGAAAGGUGUCAGUAGUAUUGGAACUCAGCUUAGAAACUGCAGAUUCUACUUUCUGUAGAAGAGAACAGGCAAAUUUGUGCUGCAGCAAGUGUACACACUGCUGUGGUUGGUUGCAGAGGUGUUUCACUGCAGUUUGGUAAUUUUCUGGAAGGAAAAUUAAGGAAGUCCGGAGCUCAAGGACAGCAGAAAACCACAUCAGCUUGAAUUCUACCUGAAGAUUGUCUGGGUUGUGUUUUUCAGACAAAUAAUCCAUGUCCAGUACUACCAGCCGUCUGGUACACUACAGGCAGUAGUGGUCCUAUUAGGAAGUGAAAAGUCUGGUAAUUCUGGGGAUCUGAAGCUUAUUCCCUAGCUGAAAACAUGAGAAAUAUCCUCCCCCAGUCUGGUUCCUCCUCAUGUCUGUCCACUAACAUUUCAGAAGCCAAGGGGGAUUUUCAUACUUGAGGAAGAGCAGGUUAGGUCUGUGUGGUUUUAUUCCAUGUUUAUUUUAUAUAUUGUGAACUAUUAAAAUGAAAAAUCAGUUUUAUUUUGAAGAGAAUUUUCUUUUUGCCAGUUUCCCUACAUGCAUGUGGGGAGACGUUUAUGAUGCUGAAUGUGUUUGAGUAUGUAGCUGCUCUGGGCUAGCACAAAGCUUACUGUGAGAGGGAUAAAAAGAUGUGGCUGCCACCACAGUCCUUAGCAGAAAGACAGGCCAGUUUGUAAAACAAUAGACUUUGUGGUUUAAUUGAACUGCUGCUUUCUUGGCAGGGCUCUUCCCCGUGGUCUGACGUCAGAGGAGAGGAUUAUCACUCCAGCAGCAUGAAGGAACACUGAGCCAUUUCCCUGUGAC